UCCAUUCAGCCGCAGCCGCCCCGGCGGAGCGCGUCCCGCAGCCGGCUCGUCCCUCCCGCGGCCCCGGCGCUCCCCGCAACCCGCCCGCCCGGUGCGCAGCUCGCCAUGGCGGCCACCGACCUGGAACGCAUCUCGAACGCAGAGCCUGAGCCCCGGAGCCUGUCCCUGGGUGGCCAUGUGGGCUUCGACAGCCUCCCUGACCAGCUGGUCAGCAAGUCAGUCACUCAGGGCUUCAGCUUCAACAUUCUCUGUGUGGGGGAAACUGGGAUUGGCAAGUCCACACUAAUGAACACGCUCUUCAACACGACCUUUGAGACUGAAGAAGCCAGUCACCAUGAAGAGUGUGUACGCCUGCGGCCUCAGACCUAUGACCUCCAAGAGAGUAACGUUCAUCUCAAACUGACCAUCGUGGAUGCUGUGGGCUUUGGGGAUCAGAUCAAUAAGGAUGACAGUUACAGGCCCAUAGUUGAUUACAUCGACACGCAGUUUGAAAACUAUCUACAGGAGGAGUUGAAGAUUCGCCGUUCCCUCUUUGACUACCAUGACACGAGGAUCCACGUUUGCCUCUACUUUAUCACACCCACCGGGCACUCCCUGAAGUCCCUGGAUCUGGUGACCAUGAAGAAACUAGAUAGCAAGGUGAACAUAAUCCCCAUCAUUGCCAAGGCUGACACCAUCUCCAAGAGCGAGCUCCACAAGUUCAAGAUCAAGAUCAUGGGUGAGCUGGUCAGCAAUGGAGUCCAGAUCUACCAGUUUCCCACCGACGAUGAGGCUGUCGCCGAGAUUAAUGCGGUCAUGAAUGCACACUUGCCUUUUGCCGUGGUGGGCAGCACAGAGGAGGUGAAGGUGGGGAACAAGCUGGUUCGAGCACGACAGUACCCCUGGGGCGUGGUGCAGGUGGAGAACGAGAACCACUGUGACUUCGUGAAGUUGCGGGAGAUGUUGAUCCGGGUGAACAUGGAGGACCUGCGUGAGCAGACCCACAGUCGGCACUACGAGCUCUACCGGCGCUGCAAGUUGGAGGAGAUGGGCUUCCAGGACAGUGAUGGUGACAGCCAGCCCUUCAGCCUCCAAGAGACGUACGAGGCAAAGAGGAAGGAGUUCCUGAGCGAGCUACAGAGGAAGGAGGAAGAGAUGAGGCAGAUGUUUGUCAACAAAGUGAAGGAGACAGAGCUUGAAUUGAAGGAGAAGGAACGGGAGCUCCAUGAGAAGUUUGAGCACCUGAAGCGGAUCCACCAGGAGGAGAAGCGCAAGGUAGAGGAGAAGCGCAGGGAGCUGGAAGAGGAGACCAACGCCUUCAACUGCCGGAAGGCAGCCAUGGAGGCCCUGCAGUCACAGGCCUUACAUGCCACUUCACAGCAGCCUCUGAGGAAAGACAAGGACAAGAAGAAAUUUUGACCCUCAGCCCGGGACGCCACAAACUGAAGCGAGUUCCCUGCUUUGCUCGUCACAAAUGCCAAACUGACUGCUCUUUCCCAGUGCCCAGUGCUGUCUUUUUGCUUCUGUUCGAUUUGGUCUGCGUGUCUUUUAAUGUGUCUUUGUUUUGUUCUGUUCUGUUUUAUUUUUAUUUUUCAGUUAAAGCACGCACAGACUUACAUGUCAAGAGCGGACUUUAGGCUUUCAUGGGUUAAACUGCUUGAGUUACACCUUGUGACCCUUCUCCCAUAACAUGGUGUGAGGAUGGACUGGGAGCCCGUACAGACUCCAGUGUUUACAGCCUUGCCUUGUCCCUCCCUGAUGGCCUCAGGCUGCCUGGGCCUGACCAGCUACCCUUCUCUAUGCAAAUGCGUCAAAGCCAUGAAUGCUGGAAUUCAAAACUGACAAGGUUUAUUUUUUCCAGAGUCGGUGGCUGGUCUUCCAUUUACAGUGUCACUAUUCCUUGACGGAGCAGCUAUGUGCCGCUCUGGUGAUGGCCCCAGCCAGUGAUGCUAGGCCUCAUUACUCUUCGUCAAGCCGGCGACUCAUGUGGUGCCCUAGGCCUGGCCUGCGGUCUGGUAGAUACAUGCUGCAGAAUUUGCCUGGUUCCUCUUUGUUUUAAUUUUUCUAACCUAGAGCUUAAUUUUAAUAACUUUUCAACAGUUCUAAAUUUUCAUUUUGGCACCAGUCCUAAAGACAAAUAAUAACCUAUCUCUCCUGUUAUUUUCAUAAGUAACACAGAUUUCCCUGAUUUUUGUUUUUUAAACUAAAGAGAUCUCUAAACCUUCUUACAUUGAGAGCACCCCUCUAGUACACAGGGAGAGGUGGGGAAUAAAGUUCCUAUUCUGCCAGUGUUUGGGACUUCUUUAUGGACAGAAGUGGACCCCGAACGAGACCACGCCCGGCGUUUUUACGGUGAAUGUAAAUGGAACAACAGCCCCAGACCCUAGAGGUGCUGCCUGUGACAGGGACCAAUUGCAUGUGUGUUCAGUGUUUGACUCCAAACAGCCACCUACACCCAGCAGUGUGCUCAGGGGAGAAGGCUGUUCGUUAAGGUCAUUGUUACUUCUUUCCUGGCUGUCACAGGGCAGGGAAAUAAAGGUGUCUGAAGCAUUAGGACAAUCUGAGAGAGAAGGAAAGAGAGAAGAAAGACAAAAUAGUAGAGACUAAGACUGUCCCCUCCAGCUAUACUUCCCAGGUGGACACUUUUAAGAAAAUGGCUGCCAGGUGUGAUGGUGCAGUCCUGUAGUGCCAGCGCUUAGGAGAUAGGAAGCCAGAGGCCGGCCUCAAUUACACAGUGAGGCAGAGGCCAGCUUGGGCUAAAACAAAGUGAGAACAGGAAAAGUACUAGCAGCCAUUUUUUUCUGGCAAGCCUCAGAGUCGAAACUGGGGUUAAAGACUAGCGUCCUUAGUGUUGGCCCAGCUCCAGCCUGGGCUCUGGGCUCCCUGAGAAGAUACACUUCAUUCUGGAACAAGAGGGGGCCACACUGGUCCGUGCUGCAUUCAAUUUUUGACCCUCGUCUCCCUCUCCACCACCAUUUUCCCCUUUCUGCCAGGCCUGUUUCACUUCCCCCAGGACCAGUCUGACUCCUUCCUGUCCUUCUGAUAUGGUGGUUCAUUCAGAGUGAGCUGGAGGGGAAGGUGGUUGUGAGUUCCCUGAGGCACAACUCCCCAAAGGCCGAUGGCACCUGUGAGAGGUGACUCACAGCAGGGGAAUAAGAUCUGUUGAUGCUCUGAGGAAAAAUUCCCCAUGACCAGGCUGGAUUCUGGCUGCAUAAAAGACAGAGUUGCAGGCUCAUGGUCCAUGCAGAGAACUCCGAAGCCAGCAAAUUCUACCACCAUCCCCUGCAGCUCACCAAACAUGGGCGUAUUGGAAGGCUGCUAUGCUCAGUGCCCACCUUUGGCCUAAAGCUUGCCCGCAUCCCGGGGAAACCUGACUGGAAUUUUCUAGGAUCUAAGUUCCCUCCAUGGAUCCCUCAGUGUGGCAAGCUCUACCCCUGUGUGGAAUUUUGUUAUCUUUAUUUAGCUGAGGUUAAAUUAAUCUUUGUCAUGCAAGACAAACAUGAGGCUUGCCCCUUGAGGGAUGUGACCCCAUGCGCAGCUGGGAUUUACGCCUGUUUCUCCAGUCAUCUGUUGGCUUCAGGAGGACUGCCAUUGGACCCCAUUGACAUUUACCGUUAUGUGUCUUCCUUCAGUCAUUUUGUUUUGUGGUAGAAUCACCAUGUAAGUUACGGUCUAAACCCGUACUUUUGAUGUUGAUGAUCCUGUCAGCUACUUAGGCACUGAGGAGGCUGAGGCAGGAGAACCAGAAGUUCAAGGCCAUAGUAAGUCACUUAACAAAACCCCAUGUCAAAAUUUAAAAAAAAAAAAAAAUGCCGGACAUGUGACUCAUGGCUAGCAAAUGUAUUUAGCGUGAUUGGGGACCAGGUUCUCUCCCCAGCACUAAGAAAACAAGUCAACAGCCAUCAAGCAGAUAUAUCCCAGGCCAACCAGGAUGUGUAUUCUCCCUUGUGCUGGGUGGCGUGAAUUAUGGCACCCUGUGACUGUGCAGACUGACCCUGCAUAUGUUUGUGUGUUUGUACGUUUGUGUGGACUCCCCUGGGUAAGAGGCCCAGGAAAGCCAGCUUGCUUGUCUGUUACGUUCCCAUGCAUGUCUAAAACCACUCCAGCUGUCGAUCCGUUUACGCCUCCAUCCACGGACUUGUUUCUGUUCCUUUCCAUCCACUUUGUACUCAUUUGUUUUCAUUAAAUUUUGCAUUUAUUUUGA